CCCCAACCACUCAGUCAUCAUAUCAAGUCAUAGCAUACCACACUAUAAAACAACAAGUUCUAUCGUACAAAAGAUAACAAAUCUACCACCAUCUUCAUAUCCAUUUACCCAUCCUAUCAAUCCACUCAUUCAAUUUCUAUCAUGCCUCUCAAAGUAGCUGUUUUGGGUGCUGCCGGUGGCAUUGGCCAACCCUUGUCACUGUUACUCAAGCAAAACCCUCAUAUCACUGAAUUGGCUUUAUUCGAUGUGGCAACUAUGGUAAAGGGAGUGGCGGUAGAUAUUGCUCAUAUCAAUACCCCUAGCACAGUUUGUGGUUACUCGGCGGAUGACGAAGGAUUAUCGAAGGCUCUCAAAGGAGCCGAUUUGGUCGUCAUCCCUGCAGGUGUACCUCGAAAGCCCGGAAUGACCCGAGAUGAUUUGUUCAAUAUUAAUGCAGGGAUCGUAAGAGACUUGGCCAAUGGAAUGGUGGCUCAUUGUCCAAAGGCUUUUAUCUUGGUGAUUUCUAAUCCAGUGAAUUCGACUGUUCCGGUUGUGGCCGAAGUCUUCAAGAAGGCUGGUGUCUUUGACCCUAAGAGAUUGUUCGGUGUUACCACACUCGAUGUAGUAAGAGCAUCUGCCUUCACAGCUGAAGUAGCAGGUCAACCCGAAAAAGCACACCAAUACAAGGUCCCAGUGAUCGGUGGUCAUUCGGGUCACACGAUCCUACCACUCUUAUCGCAAUCCUCUCCAUCCCUACCAUCAUCUAUCUUAUCAGAUGAAACCAAACUUAAGGAACUUAUCAAUCGAAUCCAAUUUGGUGGGGAUGAAGUCGUCGAAGCUAAAGAAGGGAAAGGUAGUGCUACCUUGAGUAUGGCUUACGCUGGUUUCCGAUUUGCCGACAGUUUGAUCAAAGCUAAAUGGGAAGGAAAGACUGGAGUGACAGAGAUGGCUUAUAUUGCUGUUCAAUCUGAAGCUCAUAUUGCCAGUGUGGUGGAGGGACUUGGGUAUUUUGCAGUUCCAAUUGAACUUGGAAGCAAUGGGGUUGAAAAAGUCUUGCCAAUCGGAAACCUUUCUUCUCUUGAACAAGAAAUGCUUAAAACUUGCAUUGCUGAACUUAAGGGUAACAUCUCCAAGGGUGUUGGCUUUAUCAACAAGCUCUAAAUCGGGUUUUCUUCCCGAGUGUUUUUGGAAGAUUUACUCUUGAUUUGGGGUUGUGUAAGAAUGAUUACAAAAGUUGAAUGAAUUCAAAGGAAUAUGAUGAUGUGUGUAGGAUAUUGAAAGAUUGUUUUGACUGUGUGAUUUCAAAAAAGAGAAAUGUAAAAAAAACAAAAGAUGGUGAUGACUGAAAUGAAUUGGUUCUUAAAAUUGGGAUGAAAG